CUAACUACGUUCGAGGAAAAACCCUACUUAACUGAAAUGGGUCCACUAGCCAUUCACGCUUUGCUGUGCGCCUUCAAGUCUCGCUACCAAUCUAGCUUUCGACCUCAGGCUUCGGAAGACAAUUCUUCCUCCGCAGUUCCCUUGGAUUCUCUUUCCUCUGAGCGAAUCGCCUCCCUUCGUAAAGAAUUUAUUCACGAUCUCCUUUUAGCCCAUUUGGGUAUCAUUUCACACCGAUUUUACUGGCAGCAAGGGUUUGGAGAGUCGUACCUGUGCGGGUCUUUUGUCUGGCGGGUGGACCCUUUAGACAUUGUAGCUUUUCAAGUCACUCAUGGUUCACUUGUCUCAUACCUGAGAACGCAUCUGCGUGCUGCGACAGCUUUUCGCCGCCUUGAUUGGCUCUCCUCGAGGCCGUUGCUACCUGACGCUACAACUGAGUAUCGUGGCAACGUUUGGUCGGCUCUGAUGCAUGCCGUAAGCGAGUGGUUACGCGUCUAUUCCAUCACAUUGGAGGACGCGUAUGGGCGUUAUGUGGCUUCAAAUAGGACUGAAACGCAUGAAUUGCUUGCACUGACGCGUCUACUGAAGCCAUUCAUGACCAACAUGCUUACAGUGGCUCACGCAUGCGGGGUGCUCUCAGACGCGAGAGGUAGUGAUGUCUCUCAGAAUGUACGCGUUCAAUCACUGUCAGGUCUACGUCUCCUUGCCUGGCUUGGUCGACAAGCCGCCUCCACCACCAAUAGAUCCGCUCUCCCCUUCCUCUUUCAUCGUGCCACAGCUCCUUUCCUACGAUUCCUCCACCUGUGGGUGCAGGAAGGUGUGCACGAAGAUCCCUUCAACGAGUUUGCCAUCUCUCUCAACAGUCGAUUCUUGUUCAGAAAGGGUGCGUUUUGUUUUUGA